AUGGCAGCAGCCAAUUACGUCCACACCCAGGGAAGCCAGGGCACUUAUUCCCACCGACCAAUAGUGUGGGGCACCAGAGGCAUGGUCGGCGGGGGAACCCAGCUAACGGCACAGACGGGCAUGCGCAUAUUGUGGCAGGGUGGCAACGCCGUGGACGCGGCGGUGGCUUCGGCCCUGGCGGCUGGCGUUAUGGAGCCCACGGCUCAUUACACCCUGGGCGGUGAGGUGGCUUUCCUGUUUUAUGACCGGUCCAGCAAAGUCGUGCGUUCGGUGGUGGGUCAGGGUUGGGCGCCGCAAAGAGCGACCAUUGACCAUUAUAUGGAAAAGUGGGGGGAGAUUCCUUCUGGAGUCUUGAGCACGACCGUGCCCGGCGUUAUAUCGGCUUUGCUGGCGAUGCUUUCCGAGUACGGCACCAUGUCCUUCAGCCAGGCGGCGGAAAGCGCGCUGAAUUUUGCCGGUAAGGGAUUCCCUUCCUAUCAGCUUUUCGUGCGGGCAAUAGGUACUGCCGACCGCAUGGCCAACCUGCGCAAGCACCCUGAAUCGGCCAGGAUUUUCCUGCCCAACGACCGGGCUCCAGAACUGGGCUCUAUGUUCGUGCAGAAAGACUUGGCCCGUACCUUGUCGCUGAUGGUGCAGGCGGAAGAGCAGGCGCUGGGCCAGGGAGCUUCCCGGGAGGCUGGCAUACAGGCAGCCAGGGAUGUUUACUACAUGGGUGAUGUGGCGAGGCGGAUGGUCAAAGCAUUGCAGGACUUGGGAGGCCUUUACGACUACGAAGACUUCGCCGAGUAUGAAUCUCCGAUGGAGGGACCGAUCUCAGUAACUUACCGGGGUUACCAGGUCUUUACCAACCGUUCGUGGACGCAAGGAAUCAGCCUGCUGCAGACACUGAACAUUCUGGAGGGAUUUGACCUGGGAGCCCUAGGGCACAAUAGUCCCAAUGCUAUGCACCUUCAGAUCGAGGCUCUGAAACUUGCCUUUGCCGACCGGGAGCGGUACGUGGGUGAUCCGAACUUUGUGGACGUGCCCUUUGACGGGUUGCUUUCCAAAGAAUACGCAGCACUUCGCAGAACUUUGUUAGAUUCUGACAAGGCCCGGGCCAGUUACCCGCCGGGAGACCCGCGAAAAAUGCUGGCGGUGGACCCGAGCUAUGUUGCUCCGACCAGGGCGGAAGAAGCGAUGGCCGUUGGAGGUGAUGGCGACGGCACCACUUACCUGGCCACGGUGGACUCGGCGGGCAACAUGGUAUCGGCGACUCCGAGCAGCUUUGGCGCUUUGGCCCAGGGUAUGGUGCUGGGGGAUACCGGCAUCCUGAUGAACUGCCGGGGCUGCUAUUUCUGGCUGGACGAGGAGAAAUCCCAAUUCAUUGCAACCCCGGAAGCGUCCCAGGACCACGCCAUGCACCUUCAUAAUCUUGAAAGAUGGCGAACCCUUUAUGACACUUGGAACGCCUGGUGGUGA